AGCGGUGCCCGCCGGGCGGCUGCGGGGCAGCGGGCGCUGAGCCGCGGCAGGAUGCGGGAACCCUGAGCCCAGCCCGGUGUGCGGGACGGAGAGACGGCGCGGAUACCUCUCACCCUCCUCGGGAGGCGGGAUGAGGGAGCUGCUGCCCGGCUUGGCUCUGCUCUGCUUGCUGGGCUGGCUGAGUCUUACCUCGGAGCCCGGGCAUCCCUCGCCGCCGGCCGGGGCGAAAACUUUCCGAACUCUUCUCGCCGUCUCGUUGCGGGAGCGGGAGCGGGAGGAGGAGGAGGAGACGACAGGGGCGACGAGGAGGAGCCGCUCCCCGCCUGGACGGGCCGGGGUCGAGCUGGUGGAGCAGGGUGUGUUCUGGAGCGAGAGGGCCGACCGCUCGCCGCCAGCCGGCUUCUCGGAGAGGCACGUCCAGCGCUGGCAGCACCGAGCCCGCUCCUCCCGCCUGGUGAGCCUGGAGAAGGGCUGCGGGAGGCUGUCCAACCGCCUGGCCACCUUCUCGGACGGCAGCCGAGCCUGCGUGAGGUACGGCAUCAACCCGGACCAGGUGCUGGGCGAGACCCUCUCCUUCUACCUCUCCCGCCUGCUGGGCGUCCGCAACGCGCCCGCCCUGGCGCUGUCCCGGGUCAACACCAACGCCGACCAGUGGGCGAGGGUGCGGCGCGAAGUGCAGGCGGCGCAGUGGGCGGACAGGCCGGUGGUCAGUCUGUCCGAGUGGAUCGGUAACCUGAGCGACGUGGUGAGCCCGUUGCCGCUGCGGGCGGGGGCCAGGGGGCUGCACCCCUCGGCCGACGGUCUGGCCAACGUGACGGAGCGCCAGGCGCGGGAACUGGCCCAGUGGUCCGACCUCAUCGUCUUCGACUACCUGACGGCCAACUUCGACCGGCUGGCCAGCAACCUGCUGAGCUUGCAGUGGGACUCCCGGGUGAUGGAGCGGUCGACCAAUAACCUCCACCGCACGCCCAAGGGCGCCCUGGUCUUCAUCGACAACGAGGCGGGGCUGGUGCACGGCUACCGGGUGCUGCCCAUGUGGGAGCACUACCACGAGUCGCUGCUGAAGACUCUCUGCAUCUUCCGCAAGGAGACGGCCAGGAGGGUGGCCGAACUGCACCGGUCCCGGGACGCUGCCGGCCAGCUGCUGGCCCUGUACCUCGCCAGCGAGCCCCUGGCCCCGCAGCUGGGCUUCCUGUCCGAGGAGCACGCCCAGCUGUUGCAGAGCAGGACUGACCGAUUGUACCAACAUAUCAUGCAGUGUAAGGCCAAGUAUGGUCAGUAGGUUCGGACAGGGGGUUGCCCGGUUUUGUUGGUGACCCCUUCCUUCUGUUUAACCCCUUGACUCCUAUGGGUUAAGUGUUCCACCCCUCCCUCUGGGAGGUUUGUUGACUGACUGUUAUGUGGUGUUCUUGUGCGAGGUGGCGAGGGAGCAACAAACAAUCUGCUGGAGGAACUCAGCGGGUCAAGCAGCGUCUGUGUGUGGGGUGGGUGGAUGGGGAAAGGAAUUGUCCAAGCUUCAGGUUGAAACGGCGACUAUUCCUCCCCCAGAUAUUGCCUGACCUGCUGAGUUCCUCCAGAAGAUUGUUUUUUGCUCCGGAGUCCAGCAUCUUUCCCCCUCUUGUGUCUCCAAGGUGGGAAGGGGCUUCCCCCUGCCAUUGAGGAUCAGCCUGCUCUUGGGGUAGGUGAGGGGUGGGGCUGCUCCGUUUGCAAAUGGUUGGAAGACAGCUGAACAUCGAGCUGAGGCUGCUUUGGAGUGCUGGAUUGAGCUACAUCUAAUGGGCUGGAACGAUUAAGAGUAAGGCGAUUCCCACUCAAACAGGGUCUAAGAAUACCAUGCUUGUAUCAUAACUCUUCAAGUUUCUAUGACGUUGUAAUAUUUUGGGAUUGAAAUUGGUACUGGGCAAUAGCACGUAACUGGCAAUAGCAAACCAGGAGUAAUACUGUCACCCAUACCCUAGUGACAUUUGCCAGUUCAUUGUUUCCUGUGUUAUAUUUUCAUCCAAGACAAACUUCUUUUUUUGUCAUCCACAAUUUUAUUGCUCCUGGGUUGUACUGUCUUGUAACUUCUUCCUCAUACCUGGGCAAACGUCGAGUCAAUCCUGCAAGUUCCUUCAUCCUAGCCCCAGCCUGGUGGGAAAAAAAUAGCCUCGGCAGAUGUGAGAAAUUGGAUAUUUCAAAUUUCAACACGAGUUCAUAAUUUACCACAACAAGGGGUGACCUGACAGGUUAAUAAAAUUGAGAGGUAUGGAUAGGGUAGACAGCCUUUUUCACAGGGUGCAAGUGUCAAAUACUAGAGAAGAGGUUUAAGGUGAGGGGUGGGGGGGCAGCUUAAAGAUUUUCAAGGCAAGUUUGUUUUGAAGGGUGUGGUAGAUGCCCACACUGCUAUCUGGAGAGGUGGUAGAAGUUUAUGUGAUAAUAAUAUUUAAAAGGAACUCAGAAACUUAAACAGGAAUGGAGCGAUAUGAGCUAUGUGCAGGCAGAUAGGAUUAAUUAGACUGGUAUUGGUUUAUUAUUGUCACUUGUACCGAGGUACAGUGAAAAACUUGUCUUGCAUACCGAUCGUACAGGUCAAUUCAUUACACAGUGCAGUUACAUUGAGGUAGUACAGGUAAAAACAAUAACAGUACAGAGUAAAGUGUCACAGCUACAGAGAAAGUGCAGUGCAAUAAGGUGCAAGGUCACAUCAUGGUCAGUGCGGACAUGGUGGGCUGAAGGGCCUGUCCCUAUGCUGUUCCGUUCUAAGGGCUCACUUCUGUGCCGGACAGCUCUUUGGCUCUCUGACAGACUGGGUCAGGCCUUUUAGCACCUCGAGCCUGUUCCCACAUUCACCGAACUGGAGCUGAAACGUGACUUAAUUCCAUUUACCAGCUUCAGCCUCUGCAGUCUUUGAAACCCCCAACAAACAAAAAGUACGCUGUGAAUUCAAUCCCAGCUUCAAUGAUCCAGCAGCCAUUGCCUUUGAGGAAAAGUUCAGAAGUUUUAUUCCUGAUUUCCCUCCUAAAUUGCCCAAAUGUUAAUAUUAUUUUCUUUUUGCUGUUGAUUAUUUACACCCACUUUCUCUCUCUUCCCCCUCCCCCUCCGCUGCUGCUCACUAUUAAUUCUUACUCAAUCGUCACACACCAAGUUGAUUAAGGGUGAAGCAUCCAUCCGUGAGUGAGUUUAAGGUCGGGGUAGAUUGUUUUCUUGAUCCCACAAAACUUUGUACCUUGCUCAUUGGAGUACCUUGAGCUUUUUAGCUGAGGUACAUGGUCACUGACGGAAAGAGGGGUUCUAACAGUGUGAAAGCUCCUCCCUUGAAGAGAUUCUUGGCCUGGUUCUGUUGGAGGGAAUGGUGAGGAGGUGGCGUAGCUGGUAGAGCCACUGCCUCUCAAUGCCAGUGACCUGGGUUCAAUCCCGACCCCCCGGUCCUGUCUGUGCGAACUUUGUACGUUGUUCUCCCUGUGACCACGUGGGUUACCUCCGAGUGCUCUGGUUUCCCUCCACAUCCCAAGGGUGUGCAGAUUGGUAGGCUAACUGGCCACUGUAAAUCGCUCUUGAUGUGCAGGUGAGUGGUAGAAUCUGAAGAGAGUUGAGAAUGUGGGGAGAAUUUAAACAAAAAAAGGGGGAUUCAUGUAGGGUUAGGUGUAAAUGGGUGGUUGAAGUAGGCAUGGAUUUGAUGGGCCAAGUGGCCUGUUUUUGUGCUGUAUGACUCUGUGAAUGCUGAUCAGAUGAACUGCAUCACAAAAAGAAAGCUGCUCCUAGCCACGACAUACUGAAGUGUCACCUAAGAGGAAACUUCCUCUUCACCUCAGCAAGGGAAGUUUGCCCCAUUCUUUGUUGCUGCACCUCAAAGGGGAAAGUGAUGAGUCUGGUUGCCCACCUUCCUCACCCCUGAUCUCUUAGCUGAGGCCCAAGUGUUGAUUCUUGUGGUGCUUCGCUCGAUACGGUCGGCCGAACUCAAAGUGCACUCUUGUCCCUACCUUCCUAACCAAUACCAUCCCCGUGCUAUUUUGCAUGAGCCUCAUCUUUAGCCAUCUUUGCUCACUGUUGGUUAACUAUAACCUGAUCAAAGCAGGCACUUCCUAGAUUUAGGGAGCUUAAGGUUAGGAAUAACACCCUCCUAUUCCAAAUCUUAACCAGGGGCUGUUUGUGGCUGAUGAGGUUUUAUUUAAAAAUGUGACCAAUGUAAGCAAACUUCAAAUUACCCUUGAUACCAGCAUCUGUCAUUUGGUGAAUAUGCCUGAUUUUUUUUCUCUCCAGUACUUCAUGUGAAUGUGUUAGCCAUAGGUGUAAAAAUAAUUAACACAGGGUUGCCAAUAGUUGGACAGCACUGCCUGAAGAAGCAGUGGAAGCAUUGUACGUACCCCGAGGAUAAGUCUGGUUAUGAGGGAAAGGCUGGGUUGCAGGGCUAAACGGGACAGCUCUUUCAAAGAGGUUGUGGUGACUCCUUAGCUGUAUGAUUCCAUGACUGAGCCUUUGUAUUAGAUGUAAAUGUGAUUGGAGUCUGUCCAAUACUGAAAUAAAAAUAAAAUGCUGCAAACACUCAACAGGUCAGGCAGCAUCUGUG